UUCGUGCUGGCGGGCAGUGCCGAGGAGGGGACGCUGACGGCCGAGCUCUCCGCGCUCAUCCAGCGCCUCUGGAGCGAUCCCGGCGUGCAGGCCUGCUUCGGCAGAUCCCGGGAAUACCAGCUCAACGACUCCGCCGCAUAUUACCUGAACGACCUGGAGCGCAUCUCCCAGCACAGCUACAUCCCCACCCAGCAGGACGUGCUCCGGACCAGGGUGAAAACCACGGGAAUCGUGGAGACUCACUUCACCUUCAAGGACCUGUACUUCAAGAUGUUCGACGUGGGCGGGCAGAGGUCGGAGCGGAAGAAGUGGAUCCACUGCUUCGAGGGCGUCACGGCCAUCAUCUUCUGCGUGGCCCUCAGCGACUACGACCUGGUGCUGGCCGAGGACGAGGAGAUGAACCGGAUGCACGAGAGCAUGAAGCUCUUCGACAGCAUCUGCAACAACAAGUGGUUCACGGACACCUCCAUCAUCCUCUUCCUCAACAAGAAGGAUCUGUUCGAGGAGAAGAUCCGCCGCAGCCCCCUCACCAUCUGCUACCCCGAGUAUCCAGGCGCCACCGACACGCGCAACGUGCAGUUCGUGUUCGACGCCGUCACCGACGUCAUCAUCAAGAACAACCUCAAGGAGUGCGGCCUCUACUGAGGGACCCCCGGGAACGCCCCGGGAAUGCGCCGGGAAUGCGCCGGGAAUGUGCCGGGAACGGCCGCGGAGCCGCGGGAACGCCGGGAGGCUCCGGCACAACAACCUUCCUUCCUGGGGACCUCGUGUUGGAGGGGACGUGGAUUUGGGGAAUGGGGGGUUUGGGAGUGGGGGUGGAGAUCAGGGAAUGGGGGUGGAGCCUCCCGGCGUCGCUGGAUGGAGAGAUCUCCGUGGAUUCCAGCGGGAUUCCAGUGGGAUUCCAAGCGGAUUGCAGCCCAAUUCCAGCCUGAUUCCACUGAGAUUCCAGCCCUGGGAUUCCAGUGGGAUACCAGCCUGAUUCCAGUGGGAGUCCAGCCAGACUCCAGCCUGAUUCCAGCCCUUGGAUUCCAGCCCAAUUCCAGCCUGAUUCCAGUGGGAUUCCAGUGAGAUACCAGCCUGAUUCCAGUGGGAUUCCAGCCAGACUCCAGCCUGAUUCCAGCCCUUGGAU